AUGAAGCAGUUAACGGCAUCGGAACAGUACCUCUUGGCCAGCAAGGCUCGGCACAAGCUAAUCUACGCCGCGCGGGCCAAAGGGCAGGACCAUCAGCUCCGGGUGCUUGUUGGGCACGCCAAUAUGCUCGACCGCAUCACCGCGGCGCUCGGGAGCGGGCGGGCCGCACCCCGCUCGGGGCCAGCGGAGGACGCCGGCAGCCACAGCAGUGGCCGCAGGCACGCCGGGGAGCUGGGCUCCGACUUGGGCACGAAGGCACGCUCUGGAGGGUCUGGGUGCGCAUCGUUGACGAGGGCGGCUGAGGCAGGCGGUGAGAUCACGUGCACAGGCACGAAAGCGCGGAGGCAGGCGGGGUCCUCUGCGUAUGGCCGUUGCGCAAGUCAGGCUGAGGGCGGUGGUGCCGCGGCGGCCGCGAAGUAUCCUUACCUGCACGGGUACGCCGAGUGCGGGUCGGCGGGAAGCGCUGGAAGAUUCUCUGCUGCGCGGUUGGGCGCGGAGCGCGAGGGUCACGACGACUGCUUCUCCGAGAGCGAGGAACUUCUUUCGCUCAGACCCAUCUGCAUAUGA